ACUUCCCAGAAAUAAAGGGUAGCAUUACGAAAUCUUCUGUUUAGGGAAAGUUAUGGAAGGUACGUUUAACUUAAGUUCCUAGUUUGGUUCAAGCGCUAAUUCUUUCAAUACUACGCGUGGAAAGGUACAGCAACAUAUUUUGUCAAUGGAUAGACUUCAAAUCGAAUACAAUUUUGCGAAGAACGACAGUGGCUGUGUUGUAAUCAGUGUAGUUGGAGCAUUUUCAAAACUUACAGUAGCUGAAAAUGAAAGGGAAGAGUAAAUCCACUGACAGACCCACGUGGCCUGGAAACAGAAAUCUCUAAGGUAAAACAGCUCCCUUUUUGAGUGACGAUGGACGAGAAUAUAGAACUUGAAAUAUCAGAGCUGCCAAACAGUGUGCAAGCACAUAUUCAGCAUAUUCUCAAGCAGAAUUCAAGCCUCUCUAGUCAAUAUGCUAAAGGGUUAGGAACAGUUCUGAUGACACUAGCGGCACUGCCCUUCAAAGACGAAAUACAAAGAGAAAACUUCUUUGGAAAGAUACAGAGUUUGCAGGGUUACCACAUCAUUAAAAUUUUCAACUUAGGAGCCGCUCCACGUCAAAAAUCUGCGAAAGAAUCUUCAGUCCAAAUUCUGGAGGAUGUGACCAAGAUUUUUGACAUUUGUAUGUCUUUUUGCUAUACCAGUGACGUGUCGAAGCGAAUCUCUUUUGACCUUUACCUGAGUGCAUUGAAAUUCUGUUUUCCCCCGGGUAAUGAGCAAAGCCUACCAAUUACAGUUCUUUCUUUGUUACUCGAACUUGUACAGACUAUUCAGCACGAAAAUAUUAAAGCUGAGCUGAAAUCACACGCAAAUUUCAUGGUUGACCGACUUAAUGUUACUACCAGGGAUUUCUUUGGAAAAAUUCUUGAUGUCUUUGAAAGGAGGCGACACGAUGGCGACCUCUUACAAAUAAUUCAUCAAACGGUGAGGCUCGCUACUGCAGACGAAAAACUUGCGUUUAAACUAGUCGAGGAUACGACAUUGCAAGGCAAACAAACACUUUCCUCUUUUCUGUUGGUCAAGUGGAUAAACCUCCUGGAAUUAGCAAGCGUUAGCAAUUGUUUUGCGGUUUCUCUGGGUGAUGUUGAUCUUUCUGGAAAGAAAAUCGAACCGUUCUUUUCAGGUGUACAAAGAUAUCGAGCAUAUAAAUUUCCAUACCAAUCUACCAUUUCAUAUUUUUGGACAGUUUUGGAGGAGAUCAAUACGAACUGUAGCAACUUUAGAAUUCCUAACGACAAGCAUAGGAUGGAAAUAUUCGUUAGUCAUGUAAGGCACUUUUGUGUCCAUCCUAAGAUUGCUACCUUAUCACUCCAGUUACUAGCGGCGAAAAGUAUUUCCAAUGAAGUGUUGAGACAAACUCUUGAAGUGUUCUUCCAUAAACAAAGAAAGGAAACUGACCUCACUGAGAAAGCCUUAGAGCUUAUUUUAAAAAUUUCACUAAUACGUCCUGAUGGUGAACUGCUGAAAAAGAUCAUCGAAUUCUGGAGAGGUGCUUUUUCAAAUUAGCCAGGUCACGCCGCCAGUCCUGUCUGCCUGUUGGGCCUUUUCGAGGAUGAAUCAAAUAACGAAAGUGAAAUGGCGAAGAGGAUAUUUAAUUUCCUUGAACGACUUCCUCGUCCUUUGUUACUCUUGAUGCCAUUUUGGCAAAAGAUCUUAUGUUGUCUCAUAAAGAUAAUUCCAAAAUGUUUUGACUUGAGACAUGAGGUGUUAGUAUUGAUCCAGAAAGCAGCUGAACUGGCAGAGAAAGCACUUCAGGGACAGUAUCAGUCCUAUUUCACCAACUUCCACGUACUAACUGUCCAACGUUUACAGUGGUUAUGUGAACAAGACUGUACAGAGGAUGCCAAGAGAGAGAUGGUUUUGCUUCUGUCUAGUAUUACUCACAGUGCAACAAUGAACCACGGAUUGGCGACAAAACUUGAUACAAGACUAUUAAUAUCCCUACAUUUUUGUGAACAAUUGUCAUUUAGUUCCAAGGAGAACGUUGUUCGUGAACUUAUUUCUCUGGAACCACGUUUAGAGGAAGAGGAUCAGGAAGCUUUAAAACUAUCCAUAAAAAGUAUUGCAUCAAGUCCAGAUUGCGUAGAGGAAAUAUUUUGUGAAAUGUUUUCUCUUGUUAAGAAUUUUGUCGAUCGAAAAGGGCCCAAGACUACAACUGAAGUCUUUUUCGAAACUCUGUUGUGUUUGUCGACAGCGCCAAUAUCUAAUGAUAGAAGACUUAAAGUGAUCAGGGACCUCUGGAAUAGUGAAUCUGAAACUGGUUUUGAGAGUUCUAGGUGUAUUUUGCUGCUAUUGAAAACACGAGAGGGUUUCCUCGGAGAUGGAGGAGAUGAAUACUUUGAUCUUCUGGUUCGCUUAGUUCUUGAGACUUUUAGAAGUGAUUUUGGUUUAUGUGAACAGCUAAAAUAUGCUCUAGAGCUACAUUUUAAGUUCCCCUCAUCAUUUGUUCUAAACGUAUGGACUUCUGCGGUCGCUGUAUUGAUAUCCUUAGGAAUGUAUAAGGAAAACAUCGACUCGUUCUGUUGCCUUCCUGUUCUUCGAAAUGCACAUGGAUUUGAUUCACCAUCUGAAAUUCUUCAACUUUUAUUUCUAGCGAGAUCAACGGCUCUCACUCUAUCAAGACACAACUUAGAGCCUAACUUGCACCGUGGUUCCGAAGCCUUUUUACGUGGCUUCUCCGUUGGAGGAAACAACCACUUAGGGAACUUUGUACAGGCUUCUACAAUCGUCCUUGCUACGGACACCCUCUCUACUACACAAAAAAUGUUUCUGGUCGAGAAAGUGCGCGAUGUCAUACUUGGCGAACCUCAAUUGUCGACUGCGUUAACGUAUGCCUUGAGACGUCUUAUCCCCUACAUUUCUGGCAAAAACGAGAUCCAAGCGAAGUUUGAUCGUAUCAUUGACAUACUGGAUAAUCCUAAAUUGGUAACUGAGGUCUCACGCAUUCCAAAAGCUGUUAAUACUGAUGAUCUUUUUCGAGUGGUGUCCAAACACAUGUCAGACGUAUCAUCUGAAGUAAAAUCAGUGGAGGUGCUCCUGUUCUUUGCCUCCUUACAAGACACAGAUGAAAAGUUACUCAUACAUUUGUUACCUUUUGUUGAGAUGGCCAUGGAGAAAUCCUCGUCAAUGGAGGACGCUCUAAUAGUUGUGAAAGAGCUGGUGCAAUUGCUUCGUCAGGUUCAAACAGAACUGAUUCCUUUUAUGUUAAUCAACUUCGCGUAUUUCAUCGAAAACCCAGGCGACAAACAAGAAAGAGACAAAUUUCUCUUAGAAAUUUCCGUGAGAUGGAAACCUUCCAGCCACGGAGUGCUUUCGUUUUUGGAAGUUCCGCGACUUCUAUGGAAAGACUACAGUACCAUCAGCGAUCCAGCGAAGAGAGGUGAGCUGAUCGGUCGUGUGCAAGAAGUUAUUAGUAGGAACGAAACGUCGCGGAACGAAGGGGUGGUGAAUGAAACCCGCGACCAGUUUCUAGAACUGCCAGUUAAAAAGUUAUUUGGGCUCACAGCAACAGCCUCUAUAAGUGGACGGAUCGCUUCCUGUGGGCUGGAGUGGCUCGUUUUCUAUUCCCCGCUCUCAAACGAGGAUGCCGCUCUUGCGUUCGACCUCAGCUGUAAUUUCUUUGGAACGCCAGGCUAUCGUCGAAGAUAUUCAUCUCUCUCUGACGUUAGGAUAGAAGAUGGAAGUUUCAAGUUUUAUAGGGAUAAAACAGCGCCUGAAGUGCUUAACGGAACAACUUGUGUAACACCCUUGGUUGAAGAGGGAUCAAUGUCGGCAGACACGAAUACACGAGAGGCUAUUCUUAUACCGGUUUUAAUGGCCCAGAAAGUGAUUCUUUGUUUGACUCGACUGCUUGGGCCACUGGAAAACCUCACUGAAAAUGUCCUCUCCGUUUGGAAAAUUGUCUGUGAAGCACAGCAAGAGGCUAGAUCUGUUGAUCGCUGUGACUGCGAUUUUUUUUUCGAUGAUUACCAAGAUAUUUUCGAGUCAAUUCUCGCAGAAGCAUCCUCUAAAGAAAUUGUGUCCCUCUGGGCAAGCCAAAAUCCGCACCAUGCUGUUCAGUGGUCAGAGGUUAUUUUGAGUGCAUGCAGAUGGCAAAAAAAAGAGAUAGGAGGUAUUGACAAUGAAGCUGUUUUAAAUUUUCAGACUCUUGUCAUUACAACAUUACGUAAAAUGCGGCCAUCUCACCUGCGAUGCUUCAAAUAUCUCAAGUCAGACCUGGAGCACUUGAGUAUCUUUCUUGAGUGCCGAUUGCCGAUUGAAGUGACGAAAGGAGUUCUUGAACUCUAUCAGGUCGAUAUACAAGCAGGGGUUAAUAUUGGAGAAAUUGUCUCUUCGUGGUGCUCUAUUGAACAGUCCCUGUCACUGUUGGAGAAUGUUCGAUCUUACUUCAGAGCGGGCGAGAUGUUACCCAGCGAUUUUGUCUGGCAGCUUCUAAAAUCAUUUGUUCGUCAUGGUAAGAUAGACUCGUGUGAAGGUGUUCUGGCCAUGUAUGAGCACCUACAAGACCUACGUGACCCAGAAGAUCCGUAUGGUCUCAACAGGUUGCCCACAUGGCAAGAGGCAAUGAUAGUGGCAGGAGAUUGCACAACAAGGUCAAUCGACUCCUGGUGUGUAGCCUUCCUGAAAACUCCGUUCGUCGAUCUUAAGUCGCGGGACAUUGAUGCCAUUGCCAGCCUAGAUUUCGACGCUCUGCAACUUAUCGCACCUGUGUCAGAAACAAUCAAAAGAGUAAUCUUUCCUGAAGAUGGCUUUCAAGUCACAGAAGGAGAAGGAAUCAAGUCGAGUUCUAUUAGAGAACGCAUUCGGCUAGCUAAGUUAAUUGGGGAUUUUAUCGAAAUUGUGAGGCUUCUGAAACCCAGCGAAAAUCCCAAAGUUGCAAAUGUCACAGACAUCGUUGUCGGUGCCUGCAAUGAACUUUGCACAGCCUUUGAGAGUGGGAGAAAGAGAAGUGAGCUCUACAAAAUUCGUAGCCAGGCGCUGAAGGCUAUUUUCACAGAAAUAUUCCUGAAUGAAAAAGAUAGUACAGAUAUCCUUAUGACAAACCAGCCCUCUCGUUUGCAGGAAAACCCGACACCGUCUGUAUUGAGAAACAAUGAACAUCUUGACCCAGUACUGGAGCCUUUGCUACGGCGUUGGCUUUUAGGGAUCUUUGGUAAAAGACCAUCUCUAGCCUCUCUUACUUUGGAAAUUCUUCAGCUACUUCCUUCCGACGUUGACCUUGCUCAUCGUCCAGAGUUUCAAGCCGACAUUCAGGCUCACAUUUUAUCGUUUGAAAGAAAUCAAUCGCUCAUGGCCCAACUUCAAGCAGUGGGAUACAACCGAAGAGAGCGAGACAAUCCAGACCUAUGGUCCUCACCUACUAUUGAGCUCUCUUGCUUCCUUAGCAAUCGCGCAUCAUCGACUCUCAGAACCUAUCGCAAGAAACUGGCAGAGGUCCUAAGGUCUCACUGGUAUGGCUGGACGGACCUGCUUUCCAUGUUUAAGGUUGACUCUGUUGACGUUGGUGGGAUUGAGGUUCGCAGAGAAGAUCUUUUUGGAUUUCAGGCAUCCUUAGAAGUGAUGGAGGAGCAGGUAGCUGCCGUAAAGGAACAAGCCAGGAAACUUAGCUCUGCACCCAUUAAUCUAGAGUUCUUCAGUUCACCACAUGAAAUUGAGAGACAGAUUCAAAACUUGAUACGCUGGGAACAGCAAGAUCGCAGAAGGAUAGCAAAGCUGUACGAUCACCCUAGCAUUCCUGAUAAACGUCAAGAAAUGAAGAAAUUUGCAGCAGUUUGGGAAAACCGGUUUCUUGAGCAGGUGAAUCAAUGCUCGGAGAGAAUUCCAGGUUGCUACGCCCCCAAUGGUUUCCACGCCGAAAAACCUGUGAUUUGUGCCCUGUCCGUGGACAAUAGGAUGCUGACUGUGUUCAAGGAGGAAAAUGGUCGUAGAGAAGAAAUAGAAAAUGUUGAAGUUAAGCUCUUUGAAGUUGGAAUGUUUGUUUAUGGUGUACACACCAGUGGCCACGAUUACGUCACCGACGAGCUCUGGGCUGCAUUUUAUAAGAUGCUGCUGGAAAAGGGAUUGGUGCCAAGGAUUGUUUUGUCCUCUGAGAGUCCAGGAUUUGACUGGAUAAGGAACUUUGCGACGCCUGAUACGAGCCUUCCCUUUCGAGGGAAGUGGGAACUACACACGGGUAUUGUUCCCAAACAGGAAGAUGUAUUCGACUACGUCCCAACAAGCACAGCCAUGGGGCAUGGAUCUACGGAAUUUAUUACCCUAACAACAGAGAAGGUCGCCGGUUUUCGGUUCAGUGAUUUUAAGGACGCCAGCAUCGUUGAGGAGAAAGAAAAAAGAAAGAAACAAAUGGCUGGUACAGCUAUUAAACGACUCCAACUCGAACUGAAGCUUCUACACGGAGACGACGAAAAAACCAAGACAAGUUUAGUGAAAAAAUUAACGUCGUCAGUCAAGGAGACGGUGAAGGGCAUCCUUGAUGGUGUACAGCCUACGCUAAAGACCGUGAAGGAACUUAUCGAUAUGGAAAAACUUGCUUUUGGACUCUCUAAAGUGAAGGGAAAUGACGAGAGUAAACAACAGUACGCAGCCGUUGUACUUCGUGCAUGUGAGCAUGCGCGAUUGACAUUUGCUUCGACCACGGUACAAUAACUUGUUACAAAGUGUCUCUUUCGAAUUUGGGAACCUCUCACAGUAAAAUUCCUUCCGAGGAAACUACUCGAAUUUACCAGUUGUAAAGCAUUUUUCUUUCCAGUCAGAAGGGUAAGAGCCCUAGACUCAUUGCCGGGUCACUAUCAUUUAAUACCGUAUGGUCGGUAUCUAAAAAAUUCAUUUUAUUCAAUAGCGUAAUUAGUAUUCCUUAAGAAGAAGAUAUCUUGUCAAAUUGCUUUAAGCAGCUCAAACAUUUAGUUGCAGUCGUAUUUGUAGGCGUAAUUGUAUUCGUAAUUGUAACCGUUUUUAUGUCACACAAAGACGCCUUUACCUCAAGGUACAACCUUCUUAGAGAAAUCGGAAGAGUGUGAAUGAAUUAGUCAAAAUAAAAUCCCCAGUAAUGUCUACUUAUGGACGCUUGAAAUCGAAAAAAAGUUUCAAGUCUUUUCUCCCAUUAAGAGAUUAUAUGAUGACAAGGGUUGAAUGGGCGUUCAAACAGGGUUUAAUGCUAAGACAGCCUGUAGCUGAACUGUCAUUUAACGAGAAUUCAGUGAAAACAAAAAAGCUUAAAAGAAAUGUCGACCUUUGAAGGUUCGUGAUCGCGAAUUCCGUUAAGAUUUUGCGACGAUUUGUCCUUAAUUAAUGGAACGGUUUUCUUAAUUAAUUUUUAUUUUAUUUUAACAAUUUAAUGGCAGCAUAAUAAACAAAAGAAAUAAAAAAGAAAUACCAUAGGGAUAGUCCGUAAAAGAGUCAAAGACCCCAUGCUCAGACAGACGACCCAGCUAAUGAAAAGAUAUGCAUAAUAAAUAUACAAGGACAAAGAAGAUAUAAAAGUAAAUUAAAUAUCCUAUUCAGUUGUUCAACAAGAAAUUUAUCACACCACGCUUAAAACUUGGAAUACUAGAUGCUAAUCUGACGUGAAAUGGAAGCGAAUUCCACAUGUCCACAAUACGAUUGAAAAAACUAAAUUUAAGCGCGUUUGUUAGAGUAUAGUUCUUUAAAGUUAGGCUGUCUUUACCUCUUAGGGGGGUACCUAUCAGUAUCAGAAUAGAAUUGGACAUAUGGAGAAAUGUCUAAAUUAAUGUAUUCGUUCAGAGCUUUAUCAAAAAGAGUACAUCAAAAAGAAAUCGUCUAUGCUCUAGAGACAGUAAAUUAAGUUUAGAGAUACGAACUUCAUAGUCAUCAUCAGAUUUGUGAAUGAACUUUGUUGCACGACGUUGUAUUCUUUCCAAUUUAGUAAUAUUUUUCGCAGUGAAAGGUGACCAAACAACAGACCCGUAUUCCAGCUGUGACCAAACCAGAGCGCGAUAUAAAGUUCUUAGUGUU